AUGUCUGGAGUCAACGGUACUUAUCGAGGAACGCCCAACACCAGGCGCGGUCAAAUCCCUUUCACAGAUAGCCCUUCCGGUAUUCCUCGCCCAAAGCUAGAGUCUACCCCGAGUGCCGCACCGAGCGAGAUGUCUGGCACUUCGACAAUGUCCGCCAGCAGGCAGAAACAGAGCAAGAGAGACGAGGCCAUCCGACGCAAGAUGGAGGCCGACCUCAGCAAGAAGAAACACGCCCCUGCUCGUGCCCGACACACCCGGAAAGCACCCCCUGGCACCGUCCUGGCCCUGAAACCCAGCCAGGCUCUGCAGAUCAAGCCCAGCACCACAGUCGCAGAGGCUGCCCAGCUGAUGGCUGCAAAGAGAGAGGAUUGCGUUCUGGUCACCGAUGACGACGAUAGGAUCGCAGGUAUUUUUACAGCAAAGGAUCUGGCUUUUCGUGUGGUUGGAGCUGGAAUCAAAGCAAGCCAGAUCACCAUUGAACAGAUCAUGACAAAGAACCCGUUGUGCGCAAGAACCGAUACCAGCGCCACCGAUGCCCUGGAUUUGAUGGUCAGGAAGGGUUUCCGACAUCUGCCCGUCAUGGAUGAGAACCAGGAUAUCUCUGGUAUCCUCGAUAUUACCAAAUGCUUCUACGACGCCAUGGAGAAGUUGGAGCGCGCUUAUAGUUCUUCACGCAAAUUGUACGAUGCCCUUGAGGGUGUGCAGUCGGAACUUGGCUCCAGCCAGCCUCAGCAAAUCAUCCAAUAUGUGGAGGCGCUGAGGCUAAAAAUGUCUGGACCUACCUUGGAGUCUGUGCUGAAUGGUCUGCCCCCAACUACCGUUUCCGUCAGAACUUCGGUCAAGGAGGCAGCUCAACUCAUGAAGGAAAACCAUACCACGGCCGUCUUGGUGCAGGAUCAAGGCUCGAUAACUGGCAUCUUCACCAGCAAGGAUGUGGUCUUGCGUGUUAUCGCGCCUGGCCUUGACCCCACCAACUGCAGUGUGGUCAGGGUGAUGACACCGCAUCCCGACUUUGCUCCUUCGGAUAUGAGCAUCCAAGCCGCGUUGCGCAAGAUGCACGAUGGCCAUUAUCUGAACUUACCGGUUAUGAACGAAACUGGAGAAAUUGUGGGUAUGGUCGACGUUCUGAAACUGACAUAUGCUACCCUUGAGCAAAUCAACACCAUGAACACCGGGGAGUCUGAAGGUCCAGCAUGGAACAAGUUCUGGUUGUCCAUGGACCACGACGACACCGAGUCUAUGAUGUCAGGAGAAGGGAGCCAUCGUCCGACCACAGCAGGCCAUCGCUCGUUGCUAGAUUCGGAGAUGACUCGGCCUGGCAUCGAGAGGGGUGAUAGUGUCCUGCCUCAGGACUCAGCAUCACAUCGUGGGGAUGAUAUCCACUCUGAAGUCUUACCGUCAAUUGAAGCUCCAGAAGACACCCCGUUCCCCUUCAAAUUCAAGGCUCCAAGCGGUCGCGUCCAUCGGAUACAAGUCGCACCUAAAAAUGGUAUCGCGGAACUUGUCAGCCUGGUCACCUCGAAACUUGGCUCGGAGAUUGAAGCUGUAGGAGGAGAAGCAACGGUGGAAGAAGGGAAGCUCGGCAAGACUGGCUAUGCACUAAGCUAUCUGGACGAUGAAGGCGACACCGUUUCAAUCACCACAGAUCAUGAUCUACUCGAUGCAAUCCUCCUUGCCCGACAAGGAAAGCGGGACAAGGUUGAUUUAUUCGUUCACGACCCGGCACAGCCACCGAUCGUCGCGACAGUCGACCCCAGACCACAGCUCUCAAAGCCUCCCACGCCACCUGAAUCGGUGCUCAAGGAGGUGCCGGCCGGGGACGAUGCAGACAGCGAAGAAGAAGAGUUCCCGAGGGUCAAGACGAUACGACUGCGACGACCGCCCGUCGUCUCGACACAAUCAAAGGAAGAAGAGCAGAUCAUCCAGGGCGUCCCGAACGACCUCCUCCUUCCGGGGGCGAUUGUCACUCUGGCCGUUGUGAUUGUUGGUGUUUUUGCGAUUGGUCGCGCCACAUCCAAGUGA